UUUUAUUAUUUAAUAUAAAGUAUUGUACAUUAAUAGAAAAAAUUAAAGUUAAUUCAUUAAGAAAUAUAAGACAAUUGAAAAUGAAAAUGUAUGAAAAUAAAAUAAGAAUAAAACAUGGUGAAAUUGUUUGUUCAUCAUCAGAAUUAAAUUUAGGUGUUACUUUGAAAAGCGGUCAAAGUUUUAGAUGGUUUUGUCAUAAUAAUGGAUAUCGAGGAGUGUUUGAUGGAUGUGUUUGGACUCUUACACAAAAUGAUACACAUUUGUCCUACAUUGUGCAAGGUCCAUUAAUAGAUUCUAAAAACUAUGAUGAGAUUUUAUCUGAAUAUUUCAGAUUAAAUGAAUGUUUAACAGAUCUGUGCAAAAGAUGGAUUGCAAUAGAUCAACAUUUUAAAAAAUCCUUAAAUAAAAUAAAUGGUGUUAGAAUAUUAAAUCAAAAUGUUGUUGAAAAUGUUUUUUCUUUUAUAUGUAGUUCAAAUAAUAACAUUCAAAGAAUAUCAAAAAUGGUAGAAAAAUUAUGUACAUUGUUUGGUGAAAAAAUUUGUUCAAUUGAGGGCAAAAAUUAUUAUAAUUUUCCAUCCAUUGAAGCAUUAGCGAAUAAAAAUGUUGAAGAUAUAUUAAAAAUAGAAAAAUUUGGAUAUCGUGCAAGGUAUAUAGCAAAUGCAGCAAAAUGUUUAAUUGAACUUGGUGGAAAAGAAUGGUUAUUAAAUUUACACAAAAAAAAUAAUGUAUCAUAUAUUCAAGCUAGAAAACAAUUAAUUACUCUUCCUGGAAUUGGUCCAAAAGUUGCAGAUUGUAUAUGUUUGAUGUCAUUAGGCCAUUUAGAGUCUAUUCCUGUAGAUACUCAUAUUUUUCAAAUAGCUAAAACAAAUUAUUUACCUCAUUUAAAACAAUAUAAAACUGUUACUCCAAAAAUUCAUGAGGAAAUUAGUAAUUAUUUACGUGAAUUAUGGGGUCCUUUAGCUGGUUGGGCUCAAGCUCUUGUUUUUUGUGCAAAAAUUAAUGAUAUUGUUACUACUACCACAUCAAAUUAUAAAUGUAAAAAUAUAAAUAAUAAAUCAUUUCAUCAUUAUAAUUUAAAAAAUCUUAAAAAAUAAUAUAUAUUUAUUAUAUAACA